CUUUAAAUACCCAAGCGCGCACACGCCCCUUUUUCUUCUAGUCUUUGUUUUGCUUGUAUUUAUUUCCUUUUUUGAGCUGUUUUAUUUUUUUUCCGUGAUGUACUUGUACGAUAGUUUAGGAUCAGGCAGUGAGGGUGAGGAAGACGCUACUCCCUCAGUACCAAUCGAUUGCGCGUGCGUGCAGCCUACCUGUUGAUCGUAUUUUACACGUGUUGGGUUCCCAAAUUGUGACAAUGCCACGUGUAAGUGGUAAAAGAAAGGCUCAGAUUGAAGCAGCCCGCCAGAGAGCCUUGAAAAGGUGGAAAAAAGAAGAAAGUGAGGAGCCUGAGACACGUGGUGGUAGUAGUGGCGAGGCUUCCACCUCCGCCGCCAGCACCCCUGCUACUCCCGACCCUCACGUGUCUGCUGCAAGCUACAGGCAUAGUCUCCUGCCACCAGAGAAGAGUGAAGUUCACCAAACUAGUGCUGAGGCAAGAGGAAGAGAGGCUGCCAAGGUGUGUGAGCUCCACUUCAUACCUGCUGAUUAUGAACAUGAGACAUCACACUUUGAUGAAAGGAGUGGGAGAAGGCUGACUGCAAAACUGAAUGUACCACGACUCAAAAAAGAUGCAGUACCAACACAAAUACCCAGCUGUCCUACGUAUCUUUCUUCAUCUGUUCAAGCUAGAGAAUCCCCUGACACCAGAAAGAGCGAGAAUGAGUUACUGCUGGAUGAGGACAUGGAUAUUAAGCUCGAGAUCAAGGAGGAGGUGAAUGAUGCACUUACGGAAUUCGUGAACGUCUUGGACCAUGUGGAGGCAGUUCCAUCUCCAAAGGAAAAUUAUGUGGACACUCUAGCGAUGUCUAAACCGUCCACCUGUGCCUCACCCUCCAACAUUCAAUUCGUGGCCAUAAAUCCCCCACAGUUGGAGAUCCCAUCACAUCUAAUGGAAGAAGCUCCUGUAGACGUUCUAGCAGUUACUAACCCGUCCAUAACUCCCUCAACCUCCUCUGCCUCACUCAGAAAAGUUAAUCCGACCAUCCCUAGAAAUGAAGAUACGGAUGAGUUUCAUUUGUUUGGAAUGUUCGUGGCCAGCCAGCUGCGUGCCUUGCCACUUCGCGAUGCCCUCCAAGCACAACUGGAAAUUCAAACAAUUAUUGCACAAAAACGGUCCCAGAGUUUGACGUGAGGCUCUCUACUGUGCGAGGAAGGUCGUGCCUUUUGUCCAUCACUUCAUUGAGCUGCAGUCCUGUGAUGAAGACAUGCUGCAACCACUUAUGACUCAGUCCAUAUCAGUUUGUCUCCACUGGUUAAAGGUGGAUGUCUCCCACUUUAUGAUUUGGUUAAGGUGUUGUCAUAAGAAGCUACUGCUCUUGUUGCCAUAGUGCAGCUCCUUUGGAGGUUAGCACGUGAAUGGUGCUUGCCUUCUAUAACUUUUCUGCCAUACAUUUUGUCAGUCAUUCAUGUCAAGAGAGUUAUGACAUGCCUGUAUGUCAUAAGAAUGGAACUUUUUUAGAUUAUCUGUUUAGUUCUUGGGUUAGUAGAAGAGUUAGACGAUAUGUUUCCCUGCAUUGUUGCAUAAUUUCAAAGAUAAAAAUUGCGAUGUGUAAAGGGAUCUCAAUAAAGGACAACCAUGUUUUGUUUUGUGCAAUAACUACAGGAUCUAGUUAGCUUGCACAAAUUAAUUUAUAUUUUUUACAAGGAUUGUUAUAUAAUUGUUAUAUAAUUCUCAAGGAAUUAGUAAGUUUAGUUCUAUUGCAUAUCAAAUGUCUACAGCUUUGUUUAAUUUCUUAAGACGCCAAUGCAGAUCUACAAUUCUUGAGGAAUGAGUAAGGUUUUGUUCCUUUACAUUUUGAUAUCUUGUCAUACAGCAUUCUUGAGUUAGAAAUAAAAGUAAAAACAAGCCUGA